UCAAAAGAGGUGAGGUAGACAGAAGACUUGAGCUAUCCUGAAGAAACAGGAGAUGGCAUCUCUCCCUGUCCCAAGUGUGCAGGCCAUGGUGGCGGCCACCGGCGGAGUCGACGUGCCGCCAAGGUAUCUCCGCCCGGCUGAGGCGGUCGCUGGCGACGCUGAGGCCCAGAUCCCCAUCAUCGACUACCAGAGGCUGCUGCUGGAGCAGGAGCUGGACCGCCGUGGCGAGGAGUCUGCACUCCUUCACAGGGCUUGCCAGGACUGGAGCUUCUUCCAGCUGAUUAACCACAGCGUGCCAGACGAUGUGGUGGAGGGAAUGAAGGCCAGCAUCCAGCAGUUCUUUCAGUUACCCAUGGAGACGAAGAAACAGUUUGCUCUGGAGCCAGGGCAGCUGGAAGGCUACGGUCAACUAUUCGUCUUCUCGGAGGAUCAGAAGCUUGAUUGGGCUGACAUAAUUUACCUCCACACGCAGCCACAUGAGAGCAGGAACAUCAAGCUCUGGCCAGACCAGCCUGCUAGCUUCAGAUCGACGCUGGAUAGAUAUUCUGAUGCUGUGAAGGACGUAUCAGACUCCCUUUUGGCCACGAUGGCGAAGAACUUGGGACUGGAAAGAGAAGUGAUCACUAACAAAUGCAUUCAUGGAAUGCAGUCUGUCAGAAUGAACUACUACCCCCCAUGCGCCCAAGCAGAGAAAGUCGUUGGCUUAUCCCCGCAUUCUGAUGCUGGUCUCCUAACCCUUGUCCUCCAAGUGAAUCAUGUACAAGGCCUGCAGAUCAAGAGGAAUGGCAGAUGGCUUCCUGUCAAGCCUGUCUCGGGCGCUUUCAUCGUCAACAUCGGAGAUAUGUUUGAGGUCUUCACGAAUGGGAGGUACAAGAGCAUCGAGCACCGGGCGGUGGUCGACCCGAAGGAAGAACGGCUGUCGGUCGCGGCGUUCCACUUACCAAACAUCCACGCCAUGAUAGGUCCUCUGAAGGAGAUAGCGGCACAUGAAGAUGAUGCCUACAUGACGUUGGACCAAGAGAGCUUCAUGAAGCUUUUCUACGGGACAAAGCUUGAGGGGAAGAGCUUCUUGGAGCGGCUGAAACUAAACUAGCUGGCUAGCAGCUGAAUGCUCCCAUACAUCAGGUAAUAAGCCAUGUUGGUGCAGGUGGUUUGCAACCGACCAUGCUCCGGAAUUUAGUUUCCGAUAGCUAGUCGUCUCAUUCGAGGCAAAUAGAGCUGAACUUGUCAAACAUAUGUUGUGGUUUCAGUGUGUGCUUUGCAAACCUGUAUUUAUGUCACCUAAUCGCAUUCGGUCCAUUGUUUCUACUA